AAUGAGUUUUAUUGAUUAAGAAGAAUACGAUCUACCCUUAGAUUGUGAUGACAUUUUAUUCCAAACUAACCUUUUUGAUAAUCUUUAAACACCAUAACAUAGUAUAUCCACAGAGGAUUUAGAAUAAAAAUUUAAGGAUGAAAGGAAAUAAAGGAUACUAAAAAAAAGAAUAGAAAAAAAAUAAAAAAUGAAGACAGAUAUCAUUUAAACUAUGUCUAAAGAAGAAUUAAGAAAAUUAAGAAAUAGAAAUUCUGCUUAGUUAUCAAGAGAUAAGAAAAAAAUCAUCUUUGAUAAUCUAGUUCAAGAAAAUAAGAAUUAUUCUAAUAUACUAAAGAAGAAGGAUGAGUAAAUUGAAUCUUUAUAAGAAGAAAAUAAUCAUUUAAGAUUAAGAGUUCAAUAUUUGGAAGAAAAAAAGUAAAUUAUGAAUAAUAAACAUAGUUAACAUUAUAAAUGUAUCCAUUGUGUAUAAGAAGAAGAAGGAGAUUAAAUAUCUAGAGUUAAUGUAAUAACAAAAUCAAAAAUGAUGAAUUAUGGAUUACUCUCUCUCUUAGCUAUAACUUGUAUAUUGUCAAUAAUAAAUAAUGAUUAUCAAUAUAAUCCUUAACCAAUUGCCUUAUCAUAACUUUCAAAUUAAAGGUAUGAUUUUUUAGCUCCAAAAUAUUCAUAAAGAAAUCAAACAGCUUUAUUUAGUGAAGAAUCUAAUUUUGCUAUUCCUGCUCAUACUUUUUAAAAUUAAACUUUAUUUUAUAAUUGUACUGGCAAAGACAAGGAAUGCCAAAACUUUUUAAAUAUAGUCAAAGCUGAAAAUGCUGAUAAUAUUUAUUUUGUAAAUGAUGAAACAGAUCAUAUGCCAGCUAGUCGUAUUCAUAACUUUGAAAUGGGAGAAGAUGUUUAUCUAAUGAAAAUAAAACAGGAUGAUGAAGAUAACUUUUUAAUAUUUCGAGCAAGAUGUCAAAUUACAGAAAAUAAUUCACUAGCACUUGAAAGAAAUACGUAUGAAGCAUAUAAUAACAGCCAUUAGUAUUGA